GCUCCCGCAGGCGUCAUGGCGCGCCUCCUCUGCGCCCUCUGGGGUCAGCCCUUCCGAGAGGCACCCCUGCGGGCUUUGAGGGUCCUAGUGGGCAACGGCGGUCUCGGCUUGAGAGCCGAACAUGGGGAUGCAGGGUCUAUUACAAAACGUGAGCCAGCGGUCUCCGAGAGUGAGUGGCAGAAGAAGCUAACCCCAGAGCAAUUCUAUGUCACCAGAAAAAAAGGAACUGAACCACCUUUCAGUGGCAUCUACCUGGAUAACAAGGAAUCGGGAAUGUAUCACUGUGUGUGCUGUGACAGCCCACUGUUCAGCUCUGAGAAGAAGUACUGCUCUGGUUCUGGAUGGCCUUCGUUUUCUGAGGCUCACGGUACUUCUGGCUCUGAUGAGAGUAACACCGGGAUCCUGAAGCGAGUGGACACCUCCUUGGGACUAGUGCGCACAGAGGUGGUCUGCAAGCAGUGUGACGCCCACCUUGGCCAUGUGUUUCCUGAUGGACCUGGACCUGCCGGUCAGAGAUUUUGCAUCAACAGUGUGGCACUGAAGUUCAAGCCCAGGAAAUGCUGACUCUGUCCAAGAGACCUCUUUCCUGGCUAUUCCCUCAUUUAUACCCUGUUUUCAUACUUAUAGAAAUGACUUGUUUUAUUUACGGUCAGACUAGUUUAAGUUUGCAGCUGGCACCAGGAAAUUCCCCUAAUUAUCUGCAAUUAACCUUGGUCUAGGAUUGAUUGUAGAAUUUCAAAAAAUGACAGAGCCAUUUCCAUCGAAAUUGACUUCUGCAGACUUUGUUUAGGUCCUGAAGACAUGACUGUUUGGGACAUUAGGAGAUUGAUGGAGUAUAAACCCAAAAUCCCUGUGAAACUGCUCGGAACUUCCAUUGCAAGUAAGUUCUUCGUAGAUAUUGUAGCCAAGGGAUCAAGUGGAAAGAGGAAAAGAGAGAAGAUGAAAGACAUCAGCCAACCCAGCACUGCCAGAAGAUCAGGAAGAAGGUGCUGGAGGAACUGUGCUUUGGGCGGCACUGUGGUGAUCGAUGGGAUGUAUGAUUUUUUUUCCCCUAAAUUUUCAAAUGCAUUGAACAUUCUAGUUCUAACCUUUUUACUCACAGAUAAGCUCCAGUGAGAUUCUGUUAGAUUUCAGUGAUAAUAAAUAUAAAGCCCUAUUAAAUUAAAAUUUUAAAAUGCUCAAAUAAAAUAUCAAAAUGUA